AUGGUUUACCCCCUGCACUCUUCGAAUUUGAAGCGGCUUCCCGAGCUGGGGAAAUCACCCCACGCACAUUACGCUGGCUCUCUCCCAGACUGUUCGAGGCCGGCCAAAUACCUACCAAUUCCAAAAGCCUCGGCAGAGUAUAGAGCUGUAUGCUACCGAGCGCGUCCCCAGGUCAAGGAUAGGGCAACGGCCGUCAUCUCGCAGCUAACCAUGAAUACGUUGGGCUUCGGUCGCAGAUCAGCGGCAGCGCUCAAGGAUGUAGUGGGUUUACCUCUUGGCAAGGGUUCUCUGUACAAACCACUACAAAUAUCUGUGGAUAGCACUGUGACGUGGCGAGUUUAG